AUGAUUGAAACGACUCGGAGAGUGCAGUCCUACACACAACCACAAAAUCGAUCCUCCGACCUCCUUGAGGCCAUCAGACAACAAAAUGUGUCUCUUGUCGGUGAUCUUCUGAAGACGGGAAUAGACCCCAAUACGCCUCCUCCCAGGGGUCUAUCUCCGCUCGCAAGUUCCGUCCGCAUAGGAAAUGUCCAAAUUGUCGACAUGCUUCUCCAGCAUGGCGCCAAGUUCACCCUCAGUCCCUCUGACUACACAUUCGACUACGACGAUUUAGGAGAGUUGAUCAACCAUGUGCGACAUUGCAAGCACGCGCUUCUCAAUGCCAUUCACUACAAUCAAUCCACUAUCAUCACGAUAUUGCUCUCUAUUGCGAAAGCCAACGGACACAUGCCAGAGUUCGAUCCCACUGUCGCAGCAAUUCCAUUGGCUGUCGCUAUUUCCAAGUCACCCAUUUCGACUAUAGAAAGCUUCAUAGCGUUCGCAAAGGGUAUAGAUCUGGAAAAGUCAUUUACGCUCCUCCAAGUUUCUAUGGAAAGGAGAAGAGACCCCGCCAUCGUCAACCUGGUCCUCUCCAAGUACAUCAAGCCCAACGACGUCCUGCCUGUGGAGGCAUCCCGAUCUGCCCUGUUCCAAGCAUCCGCGUACAACUAUCUGGAUGCAGUAUCGUUCUUUCUCGAGCGUGGGGUGGAUGUGAACACUACUUUGCAGACUCCAAUGUCUUUCACAAUGUUGCCAGAUUAUGGCGGUGGGAUACGAUACGUCUCCUACCAAGCAUUGGAUACCCCUUUGUCCAUUGCAGCAGAUAGAGGCCAUGUCGAGGCAGUGAAUUUUCUCUUGGAACAAGGGGCAUCACUUUCGACAAGGAGGAAGUGGCGUACGAAAGAUCACUCUGGGCGAGUCGAGGUUGAUGAUUCGGUAUUGGACAUCUCUAUGGAUGGUCUGCAUGUAGAUGUGGUACAGGUUUUGCAUCGGUGGGGAGCGAGGUGGGACUUAGGAUAUGGGGAGCAGAAAGAACGAGGAGAGCAUCUCUUGAUUUCGGCGUGUCGACAAAACAAUGCUGAUAUGGUUGAUAUCCUGCUUGAGUAUGGGAUCAGCCCAGAGGUUCGUGGGGAGGAUGGGAAAACACCGCUUCUGUGGGCAGUUUCCAUGGGGCAUACCAAUGUUGUGAGGAGUUUGUUGAAAGGGGGAGCGGAUCCGGAAUCAACAGGGCCACAUUUCUAUGAUACAAAGCGAUGUAUGGCUCCCUUACUGUGGGCAACAGAUUAUGGCAAGUCAGAUAUUGUAGAUAUAUUGUUGGAAUUUGGAGCGAAAGGUUUAAGGCAGGCGCGAACUCUUGAGGUGAACUCCUCAAAAGAAACCUCUUCAAAACCUUGA